CUAACCUCUGUCUCUUGUCCUUUCUGCUGAGGCACCCCGCACACACCAGAACACGAUACCUGAGCCAAUCAGCGUCCGGGAUCUGUGACUACGUAAUCUCCUUCACCCACACAGAUUUUCAGUUCUAGUGUAGCGAGACAUGUAGACGGACGCAAAAGUUGGCGGGGAAUAGUUCACGGACUGUUUUCAUCACGGUUUGUCAGCUGUUGCCACAAGUGUUGUGCGUGAAUGCAGAAGUAAGUUUACAAUCCUGUAAAUGACGAGAGUUGUUCUGUUCUGCGAGUACCAAUUAUGGCCGGAACGUCGCGAUGCCGCGAUGUAUAUGUGUGUGCGUUAAUCCAUGCCAAGGGUGCUAAUAAACCCUUAAUUAAUGUUUUAAAACGUUUAUAUAUUUAUAUAUCCACAUAUUGUGUGUACUAGGGUUCCAUUUAUGUUCAUUAGCCAGUGUUAUCUUCCUAUUUAAGUAUUGAAGUGUAACUUAAUCCUUGUUCUUAACAAUCAGCUAGGCGCAUGCGCCCUUAAAGUUUUGUGAGUGAGGCGCCGUACAAUCUGCGCUCUCUUAACAAGGUGUCAAGUUACAUCUAUGCAUGCUAGGGUAUAUUGAAGUAACAGCUUGACACAAUUAGCCUACAAGCAUUUGCACAUUAUAGUAUUAUCAAGCUUAAUGUUUGUGCUGUGUUAUUGACUGUAUUUUUCUAUUGUGAUUUGUUUGAUUAUCAUUAUGUAUAUUCAUAUUUCCUUUCAUUGUGUUUUAUAUUUUAGACAAACCACAACACAAGUGUUAUAAAACCAGUCUAUUGAGUGGUGACAAUAAAUGGGUUGUUCACACAAAUGUUCAUCUUCGCCUCAUCUCUAAUCGGAUAGUCUCUGGCGGGUCAGCAAUCAUAACUGGCAACUAAAAGUCUAUGGUGUAGAGCUACUAAAAGCCAACCAUUUUUUCAUGGUCCUUCGAGCCGGAGCUAGGACUUACCAGAGAAAUAGAAGAUGUCACAACAUUCAGGGGAUGAGCCUACUGUGCGCGUCAGGAGGAAGUCAGUCCUCCCCGCACGUUAUGAUGAGUACGACCUCACUGGAUUCCCUCUCCCUAAGCCUGUUUCACCGCCCAUGUCACCACUCACUCAUUCACCCAAAUUGGCUGAAUGCGAUUACGCACAGGAAGGAGCAUUCGGUUUUACUCCAGUCCUGCCUGGUCAUGAAGCUGACAGCCCAUCACAGUGGUCCGAUGAUGGUGAGUCUGCCUCUGAUAUUGUAGCAAGAGAGAAUGAGGGACUACACAACACUCUACGGACAAUACAGCAAGAAAGGGACACAUUCCAGCGAGCAAAUGAACAAUAUGCAAAGGAGCUCACUCAGCUCAAGCACCAAAUGAGACAGCUGCAGUUUCAGAUGGGGCAGCAAAGACAUGAAAGUCAGCCCCCCGCACCUGUUGCCCCUUCAAGGCAGUAUAGCUCCCCCCAUGCUGUACCUGCACCACGUGUCUGGCCACAGGGGGACACUAACGACACGAGCUUCACUCCUAUACCCGCUCCACGACUCAAAUAUCAGUCUGAGUAUAAAGCUAGGGACCAGAUUCGAAGCCUACCUCACAGUUCUGCCCCCAGAGCGAGCUCGUCAUACCACUAUGUGCCACAAGGAGAUCACAGCCUGAAUGCUCAUUAUUCAAAUUCUCCUUAUUGGGACUCGCAAGAUCCUGUGAGACAUCCACAGAUCUCGUUCAGGUCACUAACUCCAUCACCUCCGCCUGAACAAGGACCAUACCGCGGUCCAACCCCCAUGAUUCCUGACUUUAGCCAUCCCAGCCCUAGAGAGUUCUCACGGCUAAAAAUUGCUCUGGAAAAUAUACUCCCAGCCAAUGCUACAGAAAGUUUCAAAUUUCAGAUACUGACUGACCAUCUGAAGUUAGAGGAGGCUCUACUAAUAGCAGACUCAUACUGCCAUUCACAACAUCCCUAUACAAGGACGAUGGCUGCCUUAGAUCAGCAGUAUGGACAGCCGCAUCAACUAGCACUACAGCGGAUUGCUGAGUUAAUGGAUGGCCCAAAUAUAGCUACUGGAGAUCAGAAGGCCUUUAGACUUUUCGCCCUUAAAGUUCGUUCUCUGGUUGGCAUGCUGGAGCAGUUGGGCAGGAAUGGCUCCUUUGAGUUACAGUGUGGGUCUCAUGUGUCUCGGCUCCUUGGGAAGCUUCCACAUGACUUAAGAUCAGGGUUUCGGAGAUAUGCACAUCCACAUCAAGUGCCCAUCCCUACCCUCUUAGAUUUUGCAGCAUGGCUGGAUUUCGAAAUCCAAGUUCAAGAGGAUACCACCAGGUUUGCGAGCAGUCAACGCAGAAUGCCCCCAACACGCACAAGAGAGAACCUAAGAGACUAUAAACCAGCCACUAAACCCACCACAAUCUACCUGGGCACGGAGAAAGCAGCUCCUGAGCCUAUACCGCCUAUCCCAUCAUCUAGGGGCUCUUUGAAGCCUUACUGCCCCUAUUGCGACAACAGUAAGCACUCUCUCAAUAACUGCAGCAACUUUAAGCAACUUACUAAAGACCAGAAACAAAGCUGGAUCAAGGAGAAUAAUAGAUGCUGGCGUUGUGGCAGAACACAUAAGUCUGCAGACUGCAACCUGAAGAUGCGUUGCAGACAGUGCAGCAGCCGACACCUUAUGGCACUGCAUGAAAUCAGUGGUGGAAGGCCAGAGAACCCAAAGCUUACCCAGGAUGAAUCUGCAGACCCAAGGACUUGUCUGUUAAACACAAUGCAGGAGAUUCUCCUUAUUCAUAAACCACCAACUAGUAGGAAGGUCCUACUUAAAAUCUGCAGGGUGAUUCUCAGUAAUGGAAGCAAAAGGAUGAAUGCAUAUGCAAUUCAGGAUGAUGGAUCUGAGAGAACCAUUAUACUCCAUAGUGCAGCUCAGCAACUCGGCCUAACUGGUCAGCCUGAAGAACUCCCACUUCGAACCAUCCGACAAGAGUUGCAAGUCCUCAAAGGGGCAGCUGUUUCGUUUACUGUCUCACCCAUUGCUCAGCCUACUAAACGGUUUCGCAUCACUGGUGCCUUCACUGCUCAGCAGCUAAGUUUGGCAGAGCACUCACAUCCAGUGAAAAGCCUGAAAGAGAGAUAUCGGCACCUUAAAGGACUUCCACUUCAAGAAUUCAAAGCGGUCUGUCCUGUAUUGCUUAUUGGAUCAGACUAUCCACACCUGAUCACCCCAGUGGAACCAGUCAGGCUAGGGCCACCAGGGGGACCAGCUGCCAUAAAAACCCGUCUUGGUUGGACUUUACAAGGUCCAGUCCAACACAUGCCGAGAGACAUGACAGAACAGCAUUGUCUUUUCACUUCAGUCAUGUCCUCAGAAUCUGAUCUCUACAAGCAAGUAGAAAAGUUAUGGCAAAUGGAUGUAUUGCCAUGGCGCAGUGACAAAACUUGCAUCAGAUCCAGACAGGAUCAGGAGGCUGUGGAACUUCUGGAAAAAAGAACAAUAAGGGUUGAGAUGGAUGGAGUCAAACGCUAUGCAACUCCCCUUUUGCGUGUCAAGAAUAUGCCUGAACUCAAGGCACCAAAAGAAGCUGUCUUGUCACAGCUGAGAUCUACUGAACGGAGACUGGCCAAAAAUCCACAGCAAGCAACCGCCUACAUCACAGAGAUUUCAAAACUGGAACAGGCAGGUUAUGUUAAGAGACUGCCACCAAACGCUGUGACAAACACUCCCAGCUCCUGGUACAUCCCACACCAUAUGGUGGAACACAAUGGCAAAAAUCGCAUAGUUUUCAACUGCUCAUUCCAAUAUCACGGACAAAACCUCAAUGAACUUCUGCUUCCGGGGCCAGUGUUGGGGCCAUCCCUUCUUGCUGUUCUCCUCAGAUUCAGAGAACAUUCUGUUGCAGUCAGCAGUGAUAUCAAGGGAAUGUUCCACCAAGUUAGAUUGCUUCCAGAGGACAAACCCCUCUUGCGCUUUCUCUGGAGGGAACUAAAUGUCCAGGAGCAACCCGCUGUGUACGAAUGGCAGGUCCUCCCCUUCGGCACUACCUGCAGCCCCUGCUGCGCCAUCUUUGCACUGCAGAAACACAUUCUUGAACAUAGUCAGUCUGGGGAUGAUGUUCGUAAUUCAGUACUGAAAUCCUUUUAUGUAGACAACUGCCUACAAAGUUUCACUUCAGCUGAAGCAGCAAAGGAAUUUGUGCACAGAAUCAAGAAUCAACUGGCAGAUGGAGGUUUCGAGCUAAGACAGUGGUCCAGCAAUGUUCCUUCCACCAUAAACCACCUGCCCCCUGAAUCUAUAUCAAACAGUGCAGAACUUUGGAUAUCGCAAGGCCAAUCAGACAUUCAGGAAUCAACAUUAGGGCUCCUCUGGAAUCAUCAGUCUGAUACACUCUCCUACAAAUAUCGUGCCAAAGUUAGUAGAGAGACUACAAUGCGUAAUAUAUAUAGAAUAUUGGCCAGUCAGUAUGACCCGUUGGGUUACCUCAUCCCUUACACCACUCGCGCCAAGAUCCUUGUACAACAACUGUGGGAUAAAAAACGGGAUUGGGACGAUCCACAUUUGCCAACAGAUCUGCUACAAACAUGGACCGAGUGGGAGGCAGAGUUACCAGCUCUCCAAAACAUUGUCCUUCCUCGAUGCUACUGUAGUGCCAACAAAGACACAGCAACGAGUCUAAGAGACAUACAUGUUUUCUGUGAUGCCUCUGAACGGGCGUAUGGCUCCGUGGCAUAUCUUAGAACAGAGGACCAGUAUGGGCAAGUGGAGGUGGCGUUCCUAACCGCCAGAUCUCGGGUAGCGCCAAAAAAACAACAAUCUAUCCCUAGACUGGAGUUGUGCGCUGCACUGACUGGAGCUCAACUCUCCAAAGUACUUUUAACCGAGUUGAACCUACCCAUCCGCCACACAAUCUUGUGGACUGACUCCACGACAGUCCUGACAUGGUUACAGUCUGAAUCAUGUCGAUUCAAAGUAUUCGUUGGUACUCGGGUAGCAGAGAUCCAGGAGCUAUCAGAGCAACACUCCUGGCGAUAUGUACCCUCCACCAGCAAUCCAGCUGAUGACAUCACUAGGGGAAAGCGUCUCUGUGAUCUCAACUUGGAGAGUUGCUGGUACCAAGGACCACAUUUUCUAAAAGAUCCGUCAAAUCAGUGGCCGGAAUGUCCCAGUCCUAAGGAAAUAGACUGUGACGAACUACGCAAAACUGGUACACAUGUACAUAUCUGCUUCGCAUCAUCAGAUUACAGCCAGUUUAAGACCCUGGAGGAACUAAUUGAAUUCACGGCUCUUCAAGGGGUGGCCAAUGGUAAACCCACAGCCAGUGACUACAGAUGUGCUGAGAUUAAUGUCUUGCAGAAAUCACAGCAAGAAUCCUUCCCAUCAGACCUGACACAGUUAAGGACUGGUAAAUCGCUUGCCAGCAACAGCAAACUAAGAGCCCUGACACCUGAACUUGAUAUAGAAACUAAUCUAAUCAGAGUUGGUGGACGACUACGACAUAGUCCCUAUCUGGGACCUGAUAAUAUGCACCCCAUCAUCUUGGAUCCAAGACACCCGACAACCAAGCUGAUAAUUAAAAGUUAUGAUUCAAAACUUUGUCAUCCAGGUCCGGAGAGAGUGUUUGCGGAAAUCCGCCGAAAAUACUGGAUCCUGCGUGGUAGAGAGGCCGUCAAGCACUUGCAGCGAGAAUGUGUACAUUGUCAGAAAUGGAGGAAGAAACCAGAAGUACCUAGAAUGGCCGACCUUCCUCCAGCACGAUUGCAGCUCUUUAAGCCGGCCUUCCACUCUACCGGCAUGGAUUGUUUUGGGCCGUAUACUGUAAAAACGGGUCGACGCAAUGAAAAGAAAUGGGGAAUAAUAUUCAAAUGCCUUACCACUAGAGCAGUGUACAUUGAUAUACUCCACAGUCUGGAAACGGAUUCCUUCCUUAUGGCUCUCAGGCGAUUCACAGCUCGACGAGGAAAGCCACAGGAGCUCUUAUCUGAUCAGGGAACCAACUUUAGAGGUGGUGAGAGAGAGCUGAAGGAAGCUUUCACAGCUCUUGCCCCUGAUCUGCAAAGUCAACUCGCCAAACAGCAGAUUGAAUUUCAUUUCAACCCUCCUAAUUCACCCCACUUUGGAGGUUGUUGGGAGCGAGAAAUUCGCUCUCUAAAGAAUGCCUUGAGGGUCACGCUCGGAAAUCAAUCAGUGACCUUUGAAGUUCUUCAAACAGUGCUUGCAGAAAUUGAAGGAAUUCUGAAUUCCAAACCAUUGGGAUAUACCUCAUCUGAUGCUUCCGACUCUAACCCCAUUACUCCAAACUGUCUCCUAAUGGGGCGGCCGGAUACCUCACUCCCCCUGACAGUGUACCCCCAGUCUGAACUGGUCAGUCGACGUCGAUGGCGCCAUAGUCAGAUCCUUGCGGACCAAUUCUGGAGACACUACAUCAAAUUCUACCUCCCUGGUCUUCAAAGCCGCCAGAAAUGGCAAAAUGAUACUCCAGACACCCAGGUUGGCUCUACAGUUCUGAUAGUUGACCCACAACUACCAAGAUCACUCUGGCCUGUGGGAAAGGUAGUAGAAGUACACCCUGGAGCUGACACCAGAGUGAGGACGGCCAAAGUUCAGGUGGGGAAAAAAGCUUACACACGACCAGUUGCACGCCUCAUACAACUACCUACUAUUCCAGAUUAAAGUAAAUGUAAAUGCCACAAUAGUAUAAAGCCUUUUUGUGUGUGUACAUAUUUUUUACAUAAAUAUGGGGGCGGCUGUAAAAAAGGCUGUAGCUGAUAAGUGCAAUUCUAACCUCUGUCUCUUGUCCUUUCUGCUGAGGCACCCCGCACACACCAGAACACGAUACCUGAGCCAAUCAGCGUCCGGGAUCUGUGACUACGUAAUCUCCUUCACCCACACAGAUUUUCAGUUCUAGUGUAGCGAGACAUGUAGACGGACGCAAAAGUUGGCGGGGAAUAGUUCACGGACUGUUUUCAUCACGGUUUGUCAGCUGUUGCCACAAGUGUUGUGCGUGAAUGCAGAAAAAAACCACAACACAAGUGUUAUAAAACCAGUCUAUUGAGUGGUGACAAUAAAUGGGUUGUUCACACAAAUGUUCAUCUUCGCCUCAUCUCUAAUCGGAUAGUCUCUGGCGGGUCAGCAAUCAUAACUGGCAACUAAAAGUCUAUGGUGUAGAGCUACU